UUCUGUCCAAUGUCCUCUGUUCUUUCUCCUCUUCGGUGCUGGCAAGCUGAUGUAAAGGCCUGGGAAUGGGGAAACACCCGAUGAUUGUUUGCACACAAUCACUCUCGUUUAUUGCAGAGAGGGAACUCCUGACCUUAACUCUGUGGAAUAUUACAGUUUUGUAUCUUUACAUUUCACUAAAAGCAAGGUUUCAAUAAUCAAGGCUGAAUGUGCAGAAGAGAGUAAGAGAACAAACGUCUGUAAUGGAUGAGGAUAAGACUGCCACCUGGGAUGAGAGAACAGUGCCAUAGGCAGAACAGACAGCUAUUAGCAAGCACAUUUCCGUCGCAGUUAGUCGAUGUGGACCUGACGAAAUAUACCCAGUGCUUCUGAAUUAACACUCCUGAACCUCCUGACCUAAUCCCUGGAGGAGGCUGAUGAACCAUGCGCUGCUCGACACUGCUAACAAUCCUGGCACUUGUGCUGCUGUAUCUGGUGAUAGGAGCGUUGGUGUUUGGCUGGUUGGAGGCUCCCAGUGAAGAAAAGGCUUAUAAGCGGCUGCUUAACUUUCAACUCACAUUCCUGCAGAAGCACAACUGCGUUCAAGAGAGCAGCCUUAAAGAGUUCACUAAGAAAGUGGUGGAUGCGAUUCAAGAUGGUGUGGAUGCCAGCACUUCUAAUUUCACCAGCAGAUGGGAUCUAUCCAAUGCUUUCUUCUUCUGUGGGACCAUCAUCACCACCAUUGGUUUUGGAAACCUCUCCCCAAAGACACACUGGGGCCAGUUUUUUUGUAUAUUCUAUGCACUGGUGGGGAUACCAAUGUUUGGCAUCCUGUUAGCUGGAGUCGGAGAUCAUAUGGGCACCAUGCUUAGGAGGGCAGUUGCAAAGAUAGAGGCUCUGUUCCGGAAGAAGGUGAGCCACACCCGCGUACGGGUCAUAUCUGCUGUGUUCUCCAUUCUGAUUGGCUGCUUGAUCUUCAUUGCUUUACCCAUCGUGGUGUUUCAGAAAGUGGAAAACUGGACAUUACUAGAGGCAGGAUACUUUGUAGUAAUCACAUUGACAACUGUGGGCUUUGGUGACUAUGUAGCAGAAAACCAGAGAAAUGGCGUUCCUAUAUACAAGCCCCUGGUAUGGUUGUGGAUUGUGUUUGGCAUGGCCUACUUCGCCUCUAUCCUCACUAUGAUAGACAACUGGCUCCGAAUGCUCUCCAAGAAAACCAGGGCAGAGAUGGAGGAACUACGAGCACAUGCUACAGAUUGGACCCAGAAUAUCCAGAACAUGUCUAUGGACUUCCGCAUCCCUGUCCCUUUGGACCUUAAUGAUCCUUUCCAGCUCCAGCGAAGGCGCAGAAAGAAACGCCGCCGUGGUGCAAACCACAGGCACCCAAAGAUCACUGUGGAUGGACUUCCUCAUGGAGUUUCUCUGGAGGCUAAUUCCAUCAGGGAAAAUGGCCAUCUGUUUGUGAGCUGGCCUGGUUCCCGGUAUAGUGCAUCAGACACCAGAUUAUAUACGAAUUAUGAGAUGAGACCUGGCUCAUGCUUAACAUCAGGACAAAGCUCAAGGCCUAUCUCACAUUCUGAAUUGAGGUCUAAUUCCAAGCCUGGAUCCAGAUCCAUAUCCAGAUCAGUAUCAGGAUCAGAUUCCAGAUCCGAGACACCAUCAGACUCCUGGUCCCAGUCAGAGUGGAACUCGCAGGGGUCUGGGUCAGGAGCUGAGUUUGAGAAAAUGCAGGCAAGUGAAAAUGAUAAUGCUGUUGUGAGUCUUUCACCUCCUUCUCCUGCUCCUUCUUCUCCCGCUGGGCCCUCUCUCCUGGACUUCUUUGGUGAGAACUUGGCCUACAUUGACGAGUCUUCAGACACACUAAGUGACCGCAUCAAAGUGUCUGGAUCAAACCGGCCUCACAGACCCAAGAAAAGAAGUAUGAGAAGGCAGCUUCCAUCUAUGAGUCCUUUAGGUCUACAGAGAGCAUGCAGCAGUGAACUUCAUCCCCCAUCAUAUCCGCCAACACCUCCACCACUAAAAGACUGAAAACAUUAGUUCCCAAUCUCUGCAGGAAACUCAAGGUUUUCACUCCAAUCUUAGCAUCCCAUACAGACAUGUGUGUGUUGCCACUGUUCAUUUACAAAGAAACAAUGCUUUCAAGAAUAUUUUCUGUUUCUCUGGCUGGCUUAAAAAAGUAAAAGAUGUUAAUAUGUACAGUAUUCGAUAUUUAGUACACCUUUCCAGUGUUUAAAUUGCAGAAAUGUUUUAGGGGUUGUGGUUGAUUAUGAUGGGUGAUGAUUUGGGAAUAUAUCUCUUAUAUGUACCUGUUAUAUAGCGUACACACUAUAUAAAGCCUACAAAAAAAAAGGUCAAACCUAGAAUCAUUAUGCAUGGGUUGUUGUCUUCAGUUGUCCUUCUGGAGAAACCCCUCUGUGUAGAUACCUACAAGCCAGUGAUUCCCUUUCAGAAUGAUAUUCAUGCUAGACUCGUUUUGGAACCUAAGAGCCUAAGAUACUUUCAAAAAUGGUCAUGAUUGUUUUUUUUUCUUGUUCAGUAAUGUUCAGCUUGUAUUUUUGUCCUAAAUCUCAUUUAAUUGCUCCGGAUAUGUCUUCUUACCAAGAAAGAAGAUUAAAGUAAGUCAUAUCUUAAAAUGCAUCAGAAAUUUCAGUAUGCAGAAAAGAAACCACAUAAACCAGUUUGAUCUAUUAACCUGUAAUUGUGUCAUAAUUGGAUUAAUAAUCUCUUUAGUGCGGCAACCUAGUUAUAUAUAAAAAUUAUCCCUAAGAUUUAUAAUUCAAAUUUACUUUUUGGUUAUCUUUAUGAACUCCAUUCAUGUUGGUUUGAUCUAUUUUUCCUUUAUAAGCACUUUCUUUUUAAGAUAUGGUCAUCAGUAAUAAACAUCGCAAUAAUGUUUAUGUGUAUAUGAUUUGGCAAACUCAAAAAGGAUUGAAAGAUUGUUAGGGAAGAUGCUUUACAAGUGAUAUGCACAAGCUCUUUUCACUAAUAUUAACACAUGCUUUAGUGCUUGUCAUAUAGUCUUUUAGCAAAUGUUGAAAGGGUCUGAAGUGCAACAUACCCAGUAAUCCCGGUCGUUUACAAUUGUUAUCAUCUCUUCCUAGUGAAGAAAAUCUGCAUACUGGGUAAUAUGUGGACUCAAUAUACUGACUACAUUCCUAUUCAUGACUUGGCACACAAGUUGAGCUUUUCAAAUGUCUUGUCUAGGAAUUCUCCACUUGUUCAGAAUAAAACUAUCAGUUUCCAAACUUCAGUAAGAAUUAUUGUAAAAUCUAGAAGAAAGUGUCUAUCACCCUGCGGUCCAAUGAGAAUAAAACACGGCCACAGAAACACACUUGCAUUUACAUAACUUAUGUAAACUCCACAGUUUUUAUUAACCAUUCCUACACUUUUUUUUUUUUUUUUUUAAAAAAAGCUUAUUUUUUAAAAGUCUUUUAUUUUGUUACAUACAUGACUUCAUGAUGAUUUUUGAGUGUUUUG